CACUUCUCUAAAUCUCUUUCGCCAUUACCACCCUGCUCUCACGAGCAAAAUACGGUAAUAUGGCUACCGGAGCUGCCGGCGAUGCAAUUUUCCGGGGAGUAUUCGAAGGAUCUAUCUCCGGUCACGAUCUAGAAAUUUCAAAAAGGCCAUACCACCGGAAUUGUGGCUGUGCGUUACAUAAAUCGAGAGGGAACUGUUCUCAUUCGUCGAGAAAUAUGAAUAUUUCGUAUCCGAUUCGCCGGUCGUGGAGUGAAGGAUGUUUAUCGUUGGUUGCGGCGGCGUCAGCAGCGGCGUCCGGUCAUUCAUCGCCGUGUUCUUCACCUACUGUGACGGUUGCCGAUAUGAGUAAGAGGAAUUUGCUUCCGGUUAAUGAAGACGGUGAAGAUCUCGUUUUCCGUAAGGUUUAAUAAUUUUAAUCUUUUUUUCUAAUUAAGGUAAUAAUAAUUGCUGUUUUUUUAUACUCUAUUAAACAAAAAAAUUAUUAGCUGUUGUUUGAUUUUUAUGAGAUUUGUUUGUUUAAUGUGUAUUUGACAGCGAAGAAAAAUUCUUAAAUUUUGGAGAAAAUAGCUUUCAAUCUUCAUGAUUUAUUAUUA